CUCAGCUCUCGGGUGAUUGGCCCACAAACGAGGCUCACCUGUGUCGAGUCGGUCGCCCUGCCGCUCAGGCCUCCUGCGGAGUCACGAUGCCGCGCACCGCGCCCCUCUACUCGGAGUUCUUCCACGAGCCGCUGACCGAGGACGUGGAGGAGCUGCUGGCCCGGUUCCAGCACAGCGACACCGUGAGGUACGAGGGCUUCUCCGCCCUCUGGCGGCAGAUGCGCUUCUCCGACGCGUUCACGGGCGUCACGAGCGCGGGAGAGAUGAAGAAGUUCUGCAGGGUGGCGCUGGCCACGGCCGUGAGCUACUUCCUGCCGCCGUACAGCUACCAGAUCCGAGUGGGCGGCUUGUACCUGAUGUUCGCGUUCUACCACGCGCAGCCCGCCGUGCCCCCCGUGAACAUCCGCCUGGCCCUGAGGGACUGGCCCCUGGUGCAGAAGUUCCUGAGAGACACCGUGGACGCCGGGCAUUACGACGUGCUCUACGUCUACCGGAAGCUGGUUUCGGCCAAGGCCGUCCACUACACCGCCAUGCCGCAUUUCCUCACCUUCCAGAAGCAGAGGAGACCGAAGAGGGCGACCGUGUGCGCGGAGUUCCUGGGGAGGGCCACGGCCGUGCAGGAGCUGCUCUCCGCAGACGUCCUGGAGGAGGUGGCCAACGUCCACGGCCAGUACGAGCAGCUGAUGGAGGCCACGCCGGAGGUCAGCGGCAAGGUCACCGCCGUGGCCCACCGGGACCUCGCCUCCCGCCUGCAAGGCUGCGCGUCGGGGUUCCUCGCGUGGCAGCAGAAGACCUUCUCGCCCAACGGCGACAAGGACUCUGAAGACGACGACGACGACGAGAAGGAGGUGAAGCCGGGCGAGGGCGAGUCCAGCAGCAGCGCCCGGGCCCGCCUCCUGUCCUCCAUCAAGCACAAGAGCUACAGUGGCGUGCAAGAGGCGCCCAAGUCCCGGAGGCACCGUCAGGUCGAGGCGGCGGACUCCUCCAGCUCGGGCGCGGAGCAGGUGCAGGAGAAGAAGAUCAGGCCUCCGUCGCUGCGGGCCCGGACCCAGGAGAGUCUCGGGGUGGUGCAGGAGGAGAGCAAGGCGCAGGCCUGGCUCCUGAGCGCUCCGGAGAAGCACCACAGGGUCCCGGUGAGGAGGACCAACCAAAGGCCACCGCUCAAACCGUGACGCGGACCAGGAAGGAGGUCGCUCAGGUUUUCUGUCCCUAAAGUUCUCGUCCCCUCCAUGUUCAACCAGUUCAAAAAGAGAUCUUUUUAUUUGAUCUAGAGUUUGAUUUGAGAAGAUGUUCUCUCUCAUUUUGUGUUUGUUCAGUUAUGGCUCUGAUAGUAACUGGGAUCCUUUAAUUUGAAAUAAAUAUACUGAUGUGUUAA